AUGGAUUUAGAAGCAAGAAGAUUCUUCAAAGUUAUUUUGCCCUCAACCACUUCCCUUUACAAACUGAAGAUCCCCAACAAAUUUGUUAAAAGAUAUGGCCAUCAACUCUUCAAUGUUGUUAGACUUGCUGAUUCUAUUGGUGCCCUUUGGUGUGUGAGAUUGGAAAAGGUGGAAGAGUCUCUUUGGUUUCAUGACGGCUGGGAAAAGUUUGUUGAGGACCAUUCUGUCAGUUAUGGCUACUUUUUACUCUUCAAAUACAAUGGGAAUUCAAAUUUUAAUGUGCAUGUAUUUGACUUGACAGCCACUGAGGUUCACUAUCCUCGGCCUAAUAGUUUAGAUCCCUUCACUGGUAAACCAUUCACUCCCCCUAAAAUGGAAGAGCACAGUGAUGAUGACUCUGCUACAAUACUAUCUUCCUUUCAUGGCAGACCAGUGGCUUGCCUCUCGAGAAAUGGUGCUCCAAAUGAAUACAUGGGUAAUGCAACUAGUGAUCAUCAGAACAUCCAUGAUUUUUUUUCUUCAACUGAAUUUGCCCAUAGAGUCAAACGAGGUAAGAUAAAUUCAGCCGAGACGUUAAAAUUCCGGUGUCAUUAUCUAACACGAAGCAAAGUCAUGUCAUCUCAUGACAAGUCGAAUCCAUAUCAAUCUACUAAACGAGUCUUGGAUAAAUCACUUAACCUCGAUGAGAGCAAACCUAAGAAUCCCAUAAUCAAGAAUGUUAGAGAGGCAAUUCCAUGUACUGAAGCCAAUCAGAAAACUAUUUCAAGAAAAUUUUUGCCCAAGAAUCCUUCAUUUACUGUCGUGUUGAAACCGUACAAUCUGUCAGGGAAGAUGUUGUACAUGCCACCCGCAUUUCUUACAUAUCUGCCAAGUUCUCUAAGGAGCGUUGAACUUUGUGAUUGCGAUGGUAAGAAUUGGCUGGUCUGUGUCUGUCUAAGAAAAGAUAAGGUGUUUGGUUUGAACCAAGGUUUGGAGACAUUUAUAAAGGACAAGAACCUCAAGGUUGGUGAUACUUGCGUCUUUGAGCUCAUUGACGCCAAUAAACCUUUGCUAAAGGUUUCCACGUUUUACGAUACCAGCAGAGUCCCGAACUGA